AUGCUUGUCCUUUCUCUCCUUUUUAUCCCGUUUGGUCUGGCAGCGGCCCAGCUCAUCAGCCCUGUAGGCCCAACCACUGCUCUCUCAGAAAAGACAGUUGAAUGUAAUAUCCUCAGCUAUUGUGCUGUUGCCAACAACACCACAGAUAUCUCGGCCUCUCUUGAAUCGGCAUUCAAUGAGUCUGUCCGAUUUAACCCCAGCAGCAAACUUGUUGUCCCCGAGGGUCAAAACCUGAUCUCCCGCGGCGUCAUGCUCAGCAACGCGACCAACUGGGCGUUUCAGCUGGAUGGCCUCAUCACAGCAGCGUAUGGGGGGAAUUGGACCAUUGAUCGUGCGUUAAUCCUUGAGGGUUUGGCCGGUGCAGAUGUGUUGAAUGCUACCAUUAAUGGGGAGGGUGACCAGAAGUUUUUGUUAGAUGUCUUGGUCAUUGUCAAUGCUGUCGACUUUGAGUUCUACUCAUCCAACGGUCUCAGCGCCUUUCAAGGGCAAGGAUAUCUUUACCGGAAUCUGAACAAUUACAAUGGCAUCGAUGCGAUUGGCACAAACUAUCACAUUCAUGACAACAAGGUCACCAACCGCGACGAAUGCGUCUCCGUCAAGAGUCCCUCCCACCACGCGCUGAUCAAAAACCUGGUGUGUAACCAGGCCGGCUCGGGCAUCUCCAUCGGCAGCCUCAACAUCGCUGAGAUAUCAAACAUAGUCGCACAAAACAUUAGUAUCAUCCAGGGGAACAACAUUGCCUUCAUCAAGACCUACCCCAGCGGCUCCGGCUACGUGACCAACGUCACCUUUUCCAACUUUCAGUCCAAAGCAAGUCUGUACAGUUUGGACAUCAACCAGUACUGGCAGAACACGAUCAAGCCAGAUACAGGAUCCAUCACAUUGAGCAACCUCAUCUUCCAAAACUUUUCAGGCUCCGUGGCAAAUGGCAUCCAACAACCACCACUCUACAUCAUCGCCAACGACCUCACCAGCGUCGUCAAUAAGAUCAGUAAUGUCUUUAGCCAUGGCAAUGACUCGUACGGUCUGAACAAUGGCCUUGUCUCGCUGGGCGCUGCGGAACAACCUCACAUGUAUAUGAGCACAUACACCAUUACCGCCUCGCCGACGGGAUGGGUCGCGCCGGAGUCUCCGACCUGGGCGGCGCCGAGUACAGGAUACGGAACUGCGUCGCCCAUUCCGGUUUAUACGCCUAAGCCGCUGUGGAGGCCUGGUGGGGUGGACUAUGAUCUGCAUUACUGGGGGAGCUUUUAG